UUAUGCUAAUAUUCGAGAUGGGAAAGAUGGGAUAGCCACUCGACAUCGAAACGUUUUAAAGGUAUUAAAACAAAAAAUGGAACAAAAACAAAGGACCAUGGAGUAUAUUGCCAUUCAGAUACAAGAUAUCCAGAAACAAUUGAGCGAUAGUCAAAAAUUUAGCACGAAUAUCGAAUCUAUUCAACAAGAAUCUUCGGUUGUGACAAAACUUUCUGAAACAAAGACACAAGAUACACAUUCCAUAGGAAAAAGAGAUACAUAUGGGCGUCCUGUUAGUCCUUACAAUUAUAAAUCAGGACUUGUGUGCAAAGUUUGCAAAAUGGGGUACAAAGGUCCAAUUGGACCUAAAGGUGAAGAUGGCUUACCAGGUAGAAAUGGUGCCCUCGGAUUUAAUGGAAAAGAUGGAAGUGUAGGUAAUGAUGGUAAGCUAGGUGCCUCUGGAUUACAUGGAAAAAUGGGUUUUCCCGGACCUCCAGGUAUACCAGGAAUACCUGGAAGAGAUGGAAAACCGGGCGUUUCAGGUUCAAGAGGCAAUGAUGGAUCACCCGGAAAAGAUGGGGAAGAUGGUAUUAAUAUUUCUGAACAGGGAAAGCCAGGGGAACAGGGCAAAAUGGGUAAAAACGGUAAUAUGGGAUUUUCCGGUCGAACGGGUGAGCCUGGUUGGGCCGGCAGACCAGGUAGGGAUGCACAACCGGGAGAACCAGGAUUGAGGGGUAGACCAGGUCCUCCAGGCAAGGAUGGAAAACCAGGGAACAAUGGAAAUGACGGGUAUGACGGAAAGCUUGGACCAAAUGGUUUACCCGGCAAAAUAGGGAAAACAGGAAGACCAGGGUCAAAAGGUAUAGGUGGAUUACCUGGUCAAAAUGGUCGACCCGGGAAAAAAGGUCCACCAGGGAAUAAUGGAAAAAAUGGGAAAGAUGGACUGCCUGGAAAAAAUGGUAUAGAUGGAGAAGAUGGAACAACAGGAUCGAGAGGUGACCCGGGAAAGAGUCUAGACGGUUUAGAUGGAGAACCAGGUUUAAAUGGCAAGCCAGGCAGUGACGGAAUUCCGGGAAAAGAUGGAUUGAACGGCUUGCCUGGCCUAACAGGUGAAGUCGGUAUCCCAGGGCCAGAUGGAAUACCCGGCCAACCGGGUAAACCAGGGUCAAACGGAAAACUAGGAGUUGACGGGAACCCGGGGCAAGAUAGUCUCAACAACACUGAUGAAAUAGGGCCAAAGGGUUUAAUAGGAAGCCCAGGGAAAAAUGGUCAAACGGGAAUCGACGGCAAACCGGGUAAACCUGGAAGACCAGGAAAAGAUGGUCAACCGGGGUAUGAUGGACAAGAUGGAACUGAUGGGACUACGGGUUCUCAAGGAAUUAGAGGAACAAAUGGUAGACCGGGAAAGAUGGGAUUAGUGGGGGACCUAGGUGUUAUAGGCGAAAAAGGACAGAAAGGCCCAGAAGGAUUUAAAGGUGAACCUGGCAAAGACGGAGCUAGAGGCAAAGAUGGAGAUCCUGGGGCAUAUGGAUCGCCCGGAGAACCGGGAGAUGAUGGUGUGGAUGGUAAAGAAGGAUCCGGUGGUAAAAAGGGCCUCAUGGGAUUGCUUGGCAAAGAUGGAAUACCUGGUGUGGCAGGUAAACCUGGGGCUAGUGGAAAUGAUGGUCUAGAUGGUUUGCCCGGGAAAAACUAUAAAUGUGAUUGUAAGAAAACUAACCAAUUAAACGGGGAAGGUAAAGUAACUUACACCAGACACGGUAGAUCAUCUUGUCCUUUAGCCAAUGAUGCGACUGAAUUGUAUAAUGGCUACAUGGCUUCCGGGCACUUUUUGUAUACGGGAAGCGGAGGCGAUUUUCUGUGCCUGCCAAGUGAUGCCUCUUUUUCCAAAUACACCGAUGUUUUCGACUCAAAGGCUAAAAUAUUUGCCGUAGUUUUUCGUGUAAGCCCUAACAAAAGCCCAUUUUGGCAUCCUCUAGAAAGCAACAGUACACUGUGUUGCACCGUAUGUCACGUGCCUCGUAACACAGCACUCAUGAUACCGGGUGAUAUGUAUUGUCCUCAAGGAUGGACCAAAGAAUAUUCGGGGUUUCUUAUGGCUGCUGCGGCCCAUAACACGCGUACCUCGUUUGUUUGUGUAGAUGAGGACCCAGAGGGACAAAGCAUGAGACCAGACGAGCUAGGUGGUUCCAAUUUGUACGUGGUAGAAGUCCAGUGCGGAAUAUUGCCUUGCAUAAAAUAUCCCAACGGCUACGAAAUACCUUGCGUUGUUUGUACUAGGUGAUAUAUUACAUCAUGAGGUUGGGGAUUUUUUAAAAUUUAUGAUUUAUGUUACAAUUUAAUAAAUUUUCGACA